CUGUUUGCAGAGGCUGACCCAUCGGUGGCGGGCGAUGGCGCGCACGAAGCAGACGGCGCGUAAGUCGACGGGCGGGAAGGCGCCCCGCAAGCAGCUGGCCACCAAGGCGGCCCGCAAGAGCGCGCCGGCCACGGGCGGCGUGAAGAAGCCGCACCGCUACCGGCCCGGCACGGUGGCGCUGCGCGAGAUCCGCCGCUACCAGAAGUCGACGGAGCUGCUGAUCCGCAAGCUGCCCUUCCAGCGGCUGGUGCGCGAGAUCGCGCAGGACUUCAAGACCGACCUGCGCUUCCAGAGCUCGGCCGUGAUGGCGCUGCAGGAGGCGAGCGAGGCCUACCUGGUGGGGCUCUUCGAGGACACCAACCUGUGCGCCAUCCACGCCAAGCGCGUCACCAUCAUGCCCAAGGACAUCCAGCUCGCCCGCCGCAUCCGCGGGGAGCGCGCCUGAGGCUCCUGCCCAGCCUCCCGCUCCUUGAUCCUCAACUUCAUCCCUGCACCCUAAAGGCUCUUUUAAGAGCCACCACUUCGCCACUCGAGAGAGCUGUGACACUGCCUUACCUGAUACUUGAAUAUGACAAAAUUCUUGAGUUCUUAGAAGGUCAUGUAUCUGCAGUAUCUAGCAAAAUCGCUCCAAAAAGACUAGGUAGAUAUGAUGAGUUAGCAGGAUAGAACUUGAAAUAAAACAGUGCAGCAUUUUUGUUUGUUUGUUUUCCUUCUGGUGAAUGUUAAAUAUGCUCUAGAA